AUGGUUAAUAAUGUUAAACUUCAAAAUAAGAAGGGAUUGGGAAAGUCAAGGGUAAAUCAAAAUAAAUACCUUGAGAAUAAGAAGAAGGAAACCAAAGAGUAUAAGAAACAACAAAAGACUGCAGAGGGUCAACAGAAUAGUAUAUUUGCGAACCAACAAGAUAGUGGUAGUAAUAAUAAGAAUAAGGUUAGUGGUGAAAAGAAGAAAAAGGUCGCUGCCAUCAAGAUCAAAGAUAAACUCACUGAAAGUUCAACCGGUUGGAAAGUAGAUUCAUCUUUCUUUGAUAGAAACAUUACCGGUGGCAGUAGCAACACUUCCAAUAACACCUACGAUGACGACGAGAAUCGUGAUCUUUUCAACUCUAUCAAUGAAGAUACCUACGAUAGCGAUAUCUUCUCUGGAUUACAUCAAGUUAAUGAUAAUGAUGAUGAUGAUGUUUUCGAUGAAGACGACGAUUUAGAUUUGGAUUUGGAAUAUAAUCAAGAUGCCAUUGAAGAUGAUGAUGAUGAUUUAGGAGAUGAUAAUGAUUAUGAAGGAAUAGAUAUGGAACAAACAGACGAUAAUAGCAGCAGCAGCAGUGGUAGUUCAAUGACAAAGACAGAGCAGAGAAAACAAAAGAAAUUGGAUCAACAAAACAAGGCAGAGAAGAAGUUGGAAACUAGUUUCCCAUCGAUCGAAAUUGUCAACAAUAAAGAUGGAUCGGUAUCUUUUGGUGGCGAGGAAGACGACGAUGAAUCCGGAAAGAAAAAGAAGAAGAAAAUCAGUGGCGGUGGUUUCCAAUCGAUGGAACUUCACAAGACGUUGUUCAAGGCGAUCGUUCGUAAGGGAUUCAAAGUACCAACACCCAUUCAGAGAAAGACGAUUCCUCUCAUUUUGGCGGGUAGUGACGUCGUCGCUAUGGCGAGAACAGGUUCCGGUAAGACCGCUGCCUUCGUAGUGCCAAUGAUUCAGAAACUAGGUGAACACUCUAUCAAGGUUGGUGCAAGAGCAAUCAUUCUCUCGCCAACACGUGAGCUUGCAAUUCAAACAUACAAAGUAGUCAAAGAUUUCACCUAUGGAUCGAACCUACGUUCCUGUCUCGUAGUUGGUGGUGAUUCAAUGGAAGAUCAAUUCGCAGAGUUAGCAAGAAAUCCAGAUAUUAUUGUUGCAACACCAGGUCGUCUUGUACAUCAUCUUCAAGAGGUUGGAAUGGGUCUAUCGACAGUACAAUACAUAGUGUUUGACGAAGCAGAUCGUUUGUUUGAAAUGGGUUUCCAACAACAGUUGAAUGACAUCGUAUCAAAGCUUAGCGAUAACAGACAGACUCUUUUGUUCUCUGCCACCUUACCUUCGAUGUUGGUCGACUUUGUUCGUGCCGGUCUAACCAAUCCAAUUCUAGUAAGAUUAGAUAGUGAAACAAAGAUCUCUGAGAAUUUAGCUUUAUCAUUUUAUACGAUUAGACAUGAUGAGAAGUUGGCAGUAUUAUUAUAUUUAUUGAAAGAGGUUAUCGAGGAUAAACAACCAACCAUUAUUUUCACAGCUACCAAGUAUCAUGUCGAGUAUCUACAGAUAUUCUUGAAGCAAGCAAAGAUUGAUUCAACUAUUAUUCACGGUUAUUUGGAUCCAGUUGCAAGAAAGAUCAAUCUUGCCAAGUUCAGAUCGAACAACGUCAGUGUUAUGAUCGUAACUGAUAUUGCUGCUCGUGGUAUCGAUAUUCCAUUGCUCGACAAUGUUAUCAACUUUGAUUUCCCACCAAAAGAAAAGAUCUUUGUUCACAGAGUUGGUAGAGUUGCAAGAGCCGGUAGAAAAGGUACUGCCUAUUCGCUAGUUUCACCAGAUGAAAUACCAUAUAUGAUUGAUUUACAUCUUUAUCUUGCAAGAAAGAUAAUAAAUAAAGCUGAACCAGCUCAACUUGAAGAUACAUCGAUUUCACUAUAUGGUAACAUUCCACAACAUAUCAUCGAUAGAGAGAAUGAAUUUGUAAAGAUACAAAAAGCUGAAUGUGUUGAACUUGCAUCUUUAAAUAAUACUAUUAAUAAUGCUUAUAAGAAGUUUGUAAGAACAAGACCAGGUGCUUCUCAUGAAUCUAAUAACAGAGCAAAGGAGUUGAAUAAGUCGUAUAUUCAUCCAAGUCUGCUUGGUAGAUUGGAUCAGAGUGAAAUGGACAGAAAUGCGUUCGUUCAAUCGUUGAAAGCAUUCCGUCCACCACAGACCGUCUUUGAAUUGGAGAUGAAGAGAUCGAAAGAGUCUAGCAGUGCUGCCAUCAUGUACGAGAAGAGAAAACUACACAGUGAAGUCAUCGAUAGGCAAGCAAAGCGAGCAGAAGCAAAGAGAAUAGAAGAAGAAGAACAAGCAACUGAAAAUUCAAAUAAUAAUAAUGAUGAUAUUAUAACAACUACAACAACUACAAAACCAAAUCAAGAUGAUGUUGAAGACGACGAUGAUGAUCAAGUAGAUGACGAUGAAAGCUAUCUAAAUGAAAUCGAUGGAAAUAAUAUGACUAGAGAUGACAUUGUUAAGGGUGUACUCUCACGUUUGAAUGCCAAUAAGAAGAGAGCAACGAGCGAUGGUUAUAAUAUAGAGAUUACACAAGGUGAUGAAGAUGCAGCAUCCAACGACGGUAACGAGAAGAAGAAGAGAAAGACAAGAUCAUCCGGUAGAGAUGAAUCGUUCUUUAUCUCAUCGACACCAUCGAACUACUAUGAAGAGAAGGCACUCAGCGUAACUUCACAUUUGUCGCGUGACGACGAGUUGAAUUUGAAUCCCGACGACCAGAAACACGCAAAGAACGCCAAGUCAAUGAAGUGGGACAAGAAGAAGGGUAAAUUCGUUGGUGUUCAAAGAGACGAAGGCAAGAAGAACAAGAAUCUCGUUAGAAAUGAAGCUGGUGUGCUCGUUGACGUAAGCAAGUCCAAGAAGAACGUCUACGAAGACUGGAAGAAGAAGACUCGUUCUAGAAUUCAACAUACCGGAGAGGAUGAGAACGAACGUCUCCAACCAAACUCCAAGCAAUCGGUGCCAAUGAAAUGGAGAGGAAAGAAGGGUGCUCAAGAGAAACAACAAAAAGAAAAGAGUGGUGGUUGGGUUGGAAAGAAGGUUGCACGUUCCGAGAUCAAGGACAAACAUGUCAUUCAGAAACAACGUCAAGAGAAAGAAAGAAAGAUGAAAGUAAACAAGACAAACGCUCCACCAAAGAAAAAAGGUGGAAAAGGUGGCAAAGGUGGAAGGAAAUAA